ACACAAAAAUACAAACGUGAAGCUCAUCACAUUUCGACGGCCGUCUCCUCCCUCUCUCUCUCUCUUUCUCCUCUGACUCAGUCGUUGGAGAUAAGGCAGUCUUCCAAAUCAUGGCCUCCAAUUCCCAACAAGCAGCUACUGGCUCGCCUCCUAAACCAUGGGAACAAUCCGGAACCUCGACUGGUCCUACACCCUUUAAGCCACCGUCACCUGGGAGCACUAGUGAUGUUGUUGAGGCUUCUGGAACAGCAAAACCAGGUGAAAUUGUUUCAACUAAUGAUAUGAAUACGGUUGUAAACAGGAAUUCUCUGGGUAGACCCGUACCUACUAGGCCUUGGGAGCAGCAGAAUUAUGGAAGCACUUAUGGAGGUUAUGGUUCUGGUCUGAAUUAUAACUCAGGGUUUGGUUCAGGAAUGUAUGGUUCAUCUUAUGGUGGUGGAUUAUAUGGUAACAGCAUGUAUAGAGGAGGGUAUGGUGGUUUAUAUGGAAACUCUGGUUUAUAUGGUGGUGGGAUGUACAAUGGUGGUGGGAUGUACAAUGGUGGUUUUGGGGGUCCAAUGGGUGGUUAUGGAAUGGGGGGCACGGGUCCAUAUGGCGAGCAAGAUCCAAAUAAUCCAUUUGGUGCUCCAUCAUCACCUCCAGGCUUUUGGAUUUCCUUACUCCGUGUGAUGCAAGGUGUUGUUAACUUCUUUGGCCGGAUAUCUAUUUUAAUAGACCAGAAUACCCAGGCACUUCACAUGUUUAUGUCUGCUCUUCUUCAGCUUUUUGAUCGCACAGGCCUUUUGUACGGAGAAUUAGCAAGAUUUGUUUUAAGAUUGCUUGGGAUCAAAACAAAACCUCGAAAGGUUAAUCAAAUGGGACCUGAUGGCCUUCCACUACCAGGACCGGAAAACCGUCGUGGGAACCAGAACUACAUUGAGGGGCCAAAGGCUGCUCCAAGUGGUGCUGCAUGGGACAACGUAUGGGGAGGAGAGAAUAACAGCAGUUAGUUUGUUACCUUUUUUCUGAUAUAUACUGGAGAAACCAACCAGAAAUUUAGGGCUGAUGAGGGACAAAACUCCACGUGUAUUGGUUGGACACGCCAACGUUGAUGAAGGAAAGUAUGAAUGGAUAGAAACUCAACAAAAAUAAUAGCAAUAAUGUCAGGAACUUGAGUGUGUUUGAGGGCUUCUUGAUGGCAAAUAAGCUGUAAUCGAAGGGUUUUUUUUAUUUUCCUUUGCCGUUAUUCAAUUUGAACCGUGUAUUUAUUGAAGAAUGCAUAUGCUUUUUUUUUUUUACAAGAAAAAAUACAAUAAUAAAUUAAUAUCUGUUCG